GGCAAGUUCGCGCGAGAGAAGACGGCAAGUUCGCGCGAGAGUAGACGGCGAGUUAAUCACGCUUCUCAGUUCAUGGAGGCACGUCUUCCUCACAGGACUGUGAAGACCCCCUCGGAUGUUGCCUCGACCUACUAUCAGCCUCCGCCUGAAUUAGCGUCUUAACACAGCAUCAAGCCCGAGCUCAGCCCCAGCCCCAGCCCCAGCCCAGGUCCAGCCACAGCCCAGGACCCAGCAUGGCGAGGGACUUUCAGGACAUCCAGCAUCUGGGCUCUGAGGAGAACGACCACCAGUUUUGCAGAGGUGAGGGCCCAGGCACUCGCGGGCGCAGUCCCAGGAGAGAAGAUCCAUUCUGGAAAGGGAUGCCGCCUCCCCAGCCCUUUGUCCUGCAGCGUCUCUGCUCCCAGCUCCGCCUCAGUCUGCUUGUCCUGGGCUUCAACAUCCUGCUGCUGGUGGCCGUCUGUGUGAUGGGGUCCCAAAGAGCACAGCUGCAAGUGGAGCUGCAGACUCUAAAGGAAACUUUCAGCAACUUCUCCUCGAGCACCUUGAUGGAGAUCCUGGCUCUAAGCUCCCAUGGAGGCAGCGCCGGUGACAAGGUGACAUCUCUGGAAGCCAAGCUGGAAAAACAGCAGCAAGACCUGAAAGCAGAUCAUGCCACUUUGCUGCUUCAUCUGAAGCACUUCCCGAUGGAUAUGCGCACGCUGGCUUGUCAGCUGGCAUUCCUCCAGAGCAACGGCACAGAGUGCUGCCCCGUGAACUGGGUGGACUAUGAAGGCAGCUGCUACUGGUUCUCUCGCUCAGGGAAGCCCUGGCCUGAGGCUGAGAAGUACUGCCAGCUGGAGGACGCUCACCUGGCGGUCAUCAACUCCAGAGAGGAACAGAAAUUCAUUGCACAACACACGAACCCCUUUCAGACCUGGAUAGGCCUCACUGACAGUGAUGGCUCCUGGAGAUGGGUGGAUGGUACAGACUAUAGGCACAACUAUAAGAACUGGGCUGCCACUCAGCCAGAUGACUGGCAGGGGCACGAGCUGGGGGGCAGCGAGGACUGUGCUGAGAUCCGGGGGGACGGCCACUGGAACGACGAUUUCUGCCAGCAAGUGAAACGCUGGGUGUGUGAGAUAAAGCGGAACAUCACCAUCUAG